AUGAAAAUUCAUAUCAUUGCGUUGGUCCUGUUGAUGGCGGCGGUCGUCAUUCAUGCCAGAUAUUGGGACAAGUUGCUGUUUGAAGAUGGUAUGUUUUUAGGCCAACUUAUUGUCGCUAGGAAAGUUCAGCACAGCGUGUAUAAAAAAGAGUAAUCCAAAUUUAGCUAACCUGCGAUAAUGAGCUUAGCUAGAUUCUCACAAGAGAGUUAAUCCUGUGGUUAAUCGCACCUUCUGCUGAACUAAAGUUUAGUAUCACUGUUUUCCUAAUCUCCCAAAAAUCGUUUCAUUUCAUCGUUAUUGGUUUGUACAUUACGUCAUGGUUAUAGUGUGCAAUUAUAUUAUAGAAGCCAUUCUGAUUAGUAAAAUGUAACAAUACUAGGCGUCGUUCUGUAGGCUUCAUGAUUGGUCAGUUGCAAUUAGCAAAAAGUAAAAAAAGCAGUUUAGAAAACAUAUUUGUUUCAAGACAAUAAAAAUUAAGCUCCCCUCACUUGAAAGAGCUUUCAAAAUAAUAUACAGCAUGAACAUCAUUUUCAGUUCUUAUCUAAGGUUGUCGAGUUUAGAGAUAUUUUGACCAGAUACAGCAAGGUGAUUGCUGAAGGGGGAUGGGCGAGCUGGAGGUUUUUAAGAUGGUCGCAUCUUUCAUGAUUCUUAACCACAAAAGAACCCCAACCAUGCACUAAACUAAUCCUAAACAAUCCUAACAAUCUUAAACCUUACCUUAAUUAGGAUAACAAUCCUAAAUCUUACCUUAAAUUUUACCCUCAAACUAACCAUAACAUAACCCUCAUAUCAACCUUAAACUAAUAAAGCAAACUUUGAGUAUAAAUUUUGAAAACCUCCUUACUGCCCAUUCUAUAGCCAUUACCGAUACAGCAUGUCUUCCGCCAUCUUGUUUUUCAUCGGAAGACGAAGACCAAAUCGAAGGCAAGGGAACGUUAUGUUUCCAAUUUUCGCCUUUCCUAAAGUAAACUGUAGGUUCCAGACAGCGAGUGUAUUUGAAUAAUGCCCCAACUUAUUACAUAAAUUGUUUACUCUGUUCAGGAAUUUCCCGUUGUGAGCGUGAAGGUGACGAUUCCUGCAAGUGUGAGAAAUACUUUGAAGGAAUCGCAGGACAAAACUGCUCAGAGGGCCGUCAAAAUUGCGAUGACUCCAAAACCUGUUACAUGAAUCAUCAAUGGCAUGCAUGUUGCUUGAACGAAGAAGCCGGCGCAGAAGCCGAUGUCCAAUUACAAGACGAAAACGAUGGUAGGGAAACGUCAAGUUUUCUUUUGUUGGUUUUGUUUGCGUUGCUGUAGUAAAAAUGACGGUUUAUUAACAUCAGUGAGUACAAUUGAAUGAUACCCUAAAUUAUUAGCUACUUAAAAAAUUUAUUCGGCUCAGGAAUUUCCCGUUGUGAACGUGAAGGAGAAGAUGCCUGUAAAUGUGAGAAAUACUUUGAAGGAAUCGCAGGACAAAAUUGCUCAGCAGGACGUCAUAAUUGCGAUGAUUCCAAAACCUGUUACAUGAACCACCAAUGGCAUGCAUGUUGUUUGAACGAAGAAGUCCGCGCAGAAGCAGAUGUCCAAUUACUAGAAGAAAACGAAGGUAGGCAAAGGUUAAAUUUCCCUUCUUUGCUUUACUUGCUUUGCAUGUUUGCAUAAUGCCCUGACUUAUUACAUAAAUUGUUCAUUCUGUUCAGGAAUUUCCCGUUGUGAGCGUGAAGGAGAAGAUUCUUGCAAGUGUGAGAAGUACUUUGAAGGCAUCGCAGGACAAAAUUGCUCAGAGGGACGUCAUAAUUGCGAUGAUUCCAAAACCUGUUACAUGAACCACCAAUGGCAUGCAUGUUGUUUGAACGAAGAAGCCGGCGCAGAAGCCGAUGUCCAAUUACAAGACGAAAACGAUGGUAGGGAAACGUCAAGUUUUCUUUUUUUGUUUUGUUUGCGUUGCUGUAGUAAAAAUGGCGGUUUAUUAACGUCAGUGAGUACAAUUGAAUGAUACCCUAAAUUAUGAGCUACUUAAAAGAUUUAUUUUGUUCAGGAAUUUCCCGUUGUGAGCGUGAAGGAGAAGAUUCUUGCAAGUGUGAGAAAUACUUUGAAGGAAUCGCAGGACAAAAUUGCUCAGAGGGACGUCAUAAUUGCGAUGAUUCCAAAACCUGUUACAUGAACCACCAAUGGCAUGCAUGUUGUUUGAACGAAGAAGUCGGCGCAGAAGCAGAUGUCCAAUUACUAGAGGAAAACGACGGUAGGGAAAGGUUAAAUUUCCCUUCUUUGCUUUUGCUUGCUUUGAAUUUUUGAAUAAUAACGGCUUAUCGACCGAGCGUGAGGUCUGUACUGUGAAAUAUCAGACCGAGGUUUUUUAGUAUGGACCGAGCGACGAAGCAGCAAGGUCCAUGCAAAAAACAGAGGUGUGAAAUUUCACAGUACAGACCGAACAAGCGAGGUCAAUAAUCGGUUCGUUAUUUGGCUGAACUGUCUCUGUGAGCAUAUGCUUUUCGCGCGAAUUAAAUCGGCUAUCGUCAGUUUCACUGGGUAACAAUAUACGGUAGGCAUGCAUGCUCAGUCAAAAACAAUUUGAGUGUUUGAAAUUUUAUCUGUAAAUUUUAAUGACACACAAUUGGAAAAUUAAAAGGCAAAAUUUUUUUCUGUUUGCAAAGCGAAAAUUUCCCGCCAGAUAAACGAUAUCCGCGACACCUGUCCAGAUACGGAAAAUACGGACGACGGUCCGGAUAUGGAUUUUUACGGACCGCUUGUCAACCAAUCAGAAUAGAGAAUUUUGAAAAGCCAUAUAAUACUACUUAUUAUAUAAAUUGUUUAUUCUGUUCAGGAAUUUCCCGUUGUGAGCGUGAAGGAGAAGAUUCUUGCAAGUGUGAGAAGUACUUUGAAGGCAUCGCAGGACAAAAUUGCUCAGAGGGACGUCAUAAUUGCAAAACCAUUGAUGAUUCCAAAACCUGUUACAUGAAUCAUCAAUGGCAUGCAUGUUGCUUGAACGAAGAAGCCGGCGCAGAAGCCGAUGUCCAAUUACAAGACGAAAACGAUG